CUUCCACGUGCUCCUGGGGACUCUCUCCCUCCCUCUCUCUCUCUGCCUCUCUCUCUCUCCACAAGCUUAGCCCUACUUCAAUGCCAUCAUAUAAUUAUUUUCUCCCACUCAAUUACACCCUCUGACCAUCUCUGCUUACUCCUUUUCUCUGUUUUGUUUGCUUCCCCCUCUCAAACCCCCUCUCUCCCAAGCACAGAAAACCAGAGGACAAAAAAGAACAAGUACCCAUUAUUCUCCGGCCAAAAUAAUGCAAAAAUAUCAAACACCCCAUCUCUAUUGAGCUCAAAGAUUUGGUUUUGGUUACAAGUUUGAUGAUGAUGAUGAUGGAAGGCAUCAAGGGAGGAGGAGGAGGAGGUAGGGUGAAUGGCGUGGUGGGCCAUCAUGAUCAAGUUCAAGUUCAAGUUCAAGAUCAAGACAUGGGAGAUGGGAUGCAGUGCAGUGACCAUCCAUACAGAAAUAACCCAGGAGGGAUCUGUGCUUUCUGCCUCCAAGAGAAGCUUGGUUCAGCCUCCUCUUCUUCCUCCCCUUCUUUUAGAUCUGACACUCUCAAUGUUGGUGUUGUUCAUAAUGGCAAUGGUGUUGCUGCUGGUCCUUCUUCCUCUGCCUCCUCUCUCUCACUCUCCCUCUCAGCCCACCCAGCCUCAGCUUCUGCAAAACCUAGAAGCAAUAUUGGUAACAAUUAUCGUCAUGAAGAUGACUUCUACAACACAAGGAGAGCCAGGAUUUCGUUUCUCUUGGCGAAGAAGAAGAAGAAAGUGAGCACUGCUACUUCUAAUGCUGCGUCUUCCGUGAGAAGCAAAUCGACCACAACCCCAAGAAGAGCCCACCAUUUCCUGGAUGGUUCUGAGGACUUUAGCCCCAGAAAGAGAGGUGGGUUUUGGUCGUUUCUCUAUCACUCGUCUGCCAAAUCAUCCUCAUCAAACAGUUUGAACAAGAAAACAGUCGACAAGUCCAAGAUCUCGUCCUCUUCUUCCUUCUCUUCGUCAGCCGCGCAGAAGGACUCCAAAUGCUUGGGGUCGUCCUCUCUGAGGAAUAAAAGCGAACACCUUGCGGUUGAGGCAGCAGCUGCAGCAGACGAUGACAGCGCUAGCCCCAACAGCAGCCAAGCCACUGCUGCCUCGGCCUCCUCGUUCGAGCGCAAGGUAUCGAGAUCCAGAUCCGUCGGGUGCGGCAGCAGAAGCUUCUCCGGUGAUUUCUUCGAGCGGAUCUCAACUGGGUUUGGCGACUGCACCCUCAGAAGGGUCGAGUCUCAGAGAGAAGGCAAGCCCAAGGCCAGCGUCCACCGUCACGGAGAGCACAACAACAGCCACUGCAUGAAAGAGCGAGUGAAAUGUGGUGGGAUUUUCAGUGGCUUCAUGAUGACAUCAUCAUCUUCAUCUUCAUCGUCUUCCUCUUAUUGGGUUUCGUCUUCUGCAGAAGGACAGCUCGUCCAUGGCCGCAGCAGGAGCUGGGGCUGGGCUUUUGCUAGUCCCAUGAGAGCCUUCACCAAGCCUUCUUCGAAAGAUGGGAAGAGAGAUAUAGUUAGGCAAGCUUCAGAUAAGAACACCACCCCCAACCUGAAUGCCAUUCCUUCCUUGCUAUCAGUCAGAGGUUGAUCUUCAUCAUCUUCAUCACCAUUUUCAUCAUACACAUUAUUAAACUCUGUUAAUUAAUUAAAUUACUUAAAUUACCCACCUGUUUAUUAUUAAUUACUC